AUGGAGCUUCAGUUUUGGCCUGAAUUGGUUUCUCUCUUGGAAAAGCUGAAUGGUCAGAUGCUCUUGGUGAUUCUGGUCAUCUUUCUUUUGAUUAUUGACCUUGUGAAAAAGAGGUGACCCAGGAAUUUCCCUCCAGGGCCACAGCUCUUUCCUCUCCUGGGAACCUUUGUGGACUUUAAGCAGCCCCCCCAUCUAGCGCUGCAGAAGCUUACUGAUCAGUACAGGAACAUCUUCAGUGUGCAGUUUAAAAGUCUGACUUUUGUAGUAGUCAAUGGAUACCAGAUGGUGAGAGAGGCUCUUGCCCACCAGGCUGAAAUAUUUGCAGAUAGACCAAAUAUUCCCCUCCUCCAAGACAUAUUUAGAGGCUUUGGGCUCAUAUCAUCAAGUGGUCAAAUAGGGAGGCAACAGAGGAAGUUUGUUCCAGCAACACUGAAAACCAUGGCUGUAAGCUUUGAGGAAAAAGUUGAGAGCCGCUACCUUGUGGAGAUGACUGAGGAGAAACGAGGACAACCAUUUGACCCUCAUUACAAAAUUAACAGUGCUGUUUCGAACAUCAUCUGUUCCAUAACUUUUGGGAACCGCUUCAACUACCAUGACAACCGUUUCCAGGAAUUACUGCGCUCGCUGGCUGAAAUGCUGCUGCUCAUCGGAAGUUUCUGGAGCCAGCUGUAUAAUGCUUUUCCUUUGGUUAUGAGAUGGCCGCCAGGACCCUUUAGGAAAAUCUUCAAGCACUGGUAGAAACUUCAAUAUUUUGUGAAAGUAGUGAUCGUGAAGCACGAGGAAGAUUUGGACCAGCCUGAGGCAGGAGAUUAUAUCGAUUGUUACCUGAAGGAAAUAGAAAAGUUUUAGGGUGACACCAACUCAUAUUUCCAUGAGGAAAACCUGCUGUGCUCCAGCCUGGACCUCUUCUUAACCAGGACUGAGACAAUGGCAACUACCAUCUGCUGGGCUCUGCUCUACGUGGCCACGUACCCCCACAUUCAGGAGAAAAUGCAGCUCGAGAUCAACACGGUGAUUGGCCAGUCCCACCAGCCCCUGAUGGCUGAGAAGGAGAACGUACCGUACACCAGCACAGUGCUGAGCGAGGUCCUGCGGAUGGGCAGCGUUGUGCCACUGGAGGUGCCCAGGAUGUCCACCAGCACCACCACCCUGGCUGCCUUCCACUUCCCCAAAGGCAUCACCCUGAUGACCAGCCUGACUUCGAUAAUGUUCGAUAAAAACGUGUGGGAGACUUCAGACACCUUUAAUCCUGAACAUUUCCUGGAAAACGGCCAGUACAGGAGGCGGGAGGCUUUUCUGCCCUUCUCUGCAGGUACACGGGCUUGCCCCCGGGAGCAGAUCGCUGGGACUGAGCUCUUCAUCUUCUUCACAGCCCCCCUGCAGAAGUUCACCUUCCAGGCACUGGUGGCUGCCACGCUGACCCUCGCCUUCAUGCUCAGCCUCACACGCUGCCCCAAGACCUUGCAGACCUGCGCGCUGCCUCACAACUGAGGCCGACGUGGGGCCACCCCACACCCCCCCACUUCGGCCCUCUGCAAGCUGGAAGUGUCCCUUCUCCCAUCCGACCCAUAGAUUCGGGGCUGAAAUGAUGGGCCACAGAUGUCACCAAUGUGAGAGUGGCAGUGGGAAGGGCAGGAGGGCCACAUCCUGCACACUGCAGCGAGGGCAACCCUCUCAGCUCUUCCCUUCACCUCCUGCCUCCUCCCCUCUCUCAGUUUGACAAAAUGUAUGAAUUUAAAAGCCUUAAUACUUAAUUUCCACUGUUAGCAAGUCCCAGGAAGGUUUCUGCCAGCUGCAAAAAUAUGGACACAGUUGAAUCCGUGUCGGCUCCUCCAUAGGAGUUAUGUCCACCACGCAGACACCAUUUAGCAACCCCUAAAUGCCAAUGUUGCAGCACUCUGUAUG